AUGCAAAUUACAUCUUCCUGGACCUGGACCUUGGGCAACAAUCCAUUGGUGAUCCUCGUAGGCCUGGCGGCUGUCGUCACCGCCGCCCCCACCCCCACCCGCGCCCCCGCCCCCGCCCCGCAGUCCUCGGGCGCAACGGAGGCCCCGGUGCUCGUGAGGAACGUCGACAAGGACCUCGAGGUUCAGGUCGUGCAGCUUGAGGAUGGCGAGUACGGCGUGCGCGUGUUCAAGAGCUCGAGCGCCCAGCGCCCGAUCCUCCUGCCCAGCCAGACCUGGUCCGUCCCGCCGGAGUGGCGCGCCCCCGGACGCGAGGCCGCCAGGGUCGUCCACGCCGAGCUCCUUUCCUCCGGCGACGUGGUCAUCGUCCUGUACAGCCCUAAGGACGGCCUCGACCUGAUCGUGCUGCCGCAGGAGAUCUUCAAGCCCACUGAGGCGACGACCGACAACGCCAUCAUCUUCCCCAAGGUGUCCGUCCCGUGGCACCCGACCGUGUCCACGCCGGCCGAGGAGUGGACGUGGCCCUCGGACGCGGAGGCCGUCACGCCCUCCGGCACCGGCUUCCGCUCGGCCUCGCCAGAGAAGGCGACCCUCCCCGAGGAGUGAGGCUUCUCCUCGCGCUCUCUCUCGCAAAACCAAAGAAUGGAUGGAGUGUUUUUUGAUAAAUUUAACAGUGACCAUUUUGUUAACAUCUGCAGCUCUAUGUCUCAUGUACUAUUUAUCUGAGCGUAGAUAUAGAAACCCUUAGCAUUACACACUCUUGCACUAAAGACACAUACAUGUAUUUAUGUGUGAAACGCAUUCUUGCCAAUACUAUUUGAAAAAGUAUUGGUAUAAUUUUUAUUUCUGUACGUCAAGAAAUGUAGUCUGUUAAGCCUUUGACGACUUAUUCACAAAUUAGCAGUCUCUAUUUAUUUUCAUAUCAUCUGCUUUGGUACUUUGUUGGUGAAUGCAUCGUCAUCAGGAAAUUAAAACAGUGAUUCUUUAAA